AUGAGUUUGCGUUCUCAUCUCAAGCGCCUCAACUUGUUGUACAAUCGCACUGCCCACAACCUCGUCCUUCCAAUUGUUACCACAACCACACUCGGAGCUAGCGCCCUAAAAAAAGUUGCACCAUGGCUUACCGCUGCGCUCGGCAUUGUGCCCCAACCUAGUGUUAUUUGUCCUAUCCAUAUACUCUUUGUCGUUGUUCUACUGAUCAUCAUGGCUACCGUCUACCUUUCACUCCAUCGUAGAGCUGUAUACCUUGUUGACUAUGCUUGCUUUCGGCCAAGCUCCAACUUAAGAUUAACAAAGGCAACAUUCCUCGAGCAUGCGCGUCUCUCGCCUUUGUUCGAUGAUUCUACAGUCAACUUCAUUGCUACCAUUCUUGAGCGCUCGGGCAUGAGCGAUCAUACAUGUGCCCCACCUGUGCAUCAUUAUAUACAUCCGUAUUGUGGGCUUGAUGAAGCACGCGCCGAAGUAGAGUUGGUCGUCUUCUCUGUCAUUGAUGACCUUAUGGCUAAGACACACAUCAACUGCGGUGCGAUUGGUGCUCUUAUCACGAACUGCAGUGCAUUUAGCCCGGUACCAUCCAUGGCUGACAUGAUUGUGAACAGAUACAAGUUGCGAGGUGAUCUUCGUGUCAUCAACCUCUCUGGGAUGGCGUGCUCUGCAGCGGUGACCUCAGUGGGGCUCGCAAGCAACAUGUUGCAGGUCAUGCCUUGGGGGUCGCAUGUGUUGGUGGUGUCGACGGAGACCAUUGGGCCAUCUUACUAUGGAGGAAAUAACCGCUCCAUGCAGUUGGUUAACAUCUUGUUCCGCAUAGGCGGUGCUGCAAAGUUGUUGUCGACUUCCAGGUCCAUGGCUCGGUUUCGGCUUGGGCAUUUCACGCGGACGAUCACUGCGGCAAACAACGCUGCUUACCAGUGUGUUUAUCAAGAGGAAGAUGACAAGGGCAACCUAGGGAUUGCUCUCUCGAAAGAUCUUAUGGAUGUCGCUAAGGAUGCACUCGAGGCCAAUAUAAUGACAACCGGGCCUCUUGUCCUACCGGCAUCAGAGCUUCUCAAGAUUUUGUUCUUCUAUGUGGCGAAAAAGGUGCUCCAUUGGAGGACGAUCAGGCCAUACAUCCCCAACUUUUCUGUCGCAUUUGAGCAUUUCUGCAUCCAUGUCGGUGGACCAGCAGUUAUCACCUCAGUACAACAUGGUCUUAAUCUAUCAGACAGGAAUGUUGAGCCAUCAAAGAUGACUCUGCAUCGUUUUGGAAACCAGUCGACCUCAUCGGUGUGGUAUGAGUUAUCAUACAUCGAGGCCAAAGGCUGGAUGAAAAAGGGAAACAGGGUGUGGAUGAUCGGAUUCGGUGCAGGGUACGAGUGCAACACUGUUGGGUGGGUGUGUAUACAACCAUCUUCAGGCAUGGAUGGACCCUGGGUUAGCUGCAUCCAUCGUUACCCGGUGGACGUCUCCAAGAAUGGUUAAAUACAUAGGAGUAAUUUGGUCUACUACUAGAUAAUCAAAUAAUAGGACAACACUAUUGGGUGUCCAAUACAUCUUGUGAGUUUUCCAAAAAUA